UCCUCUCACAGUUGUCUUCUAUUCUCACUUCUCAUCUCUCUCUCUCAAAAAACCCUCUUUUUGAAAGAAAGAGAGAAUUGGUGAAAAUGAGUUUCAAGCUUUUUCUACUCUUAGCUCUCUUCACUACUUCCUGCCUAGCACAAUCCCCGGCGCCGGCGCCUAAAGUCUCUCCGGCCGCCGCGCCCACUCCGCCACCCACGAAGGCGCCGCCUACUCCCUCGCCGGCUCCUUCCACUACUUCUCCUUCACCAGCACCGGCCACCGCCGCACCGACCCCCUCAGUGGCCCCCACCCCUGACGCCUCAUCUCCGGCGCCGUCCAUCUCCUCGCCGCCGGCGCCAGUCCCCAGCGGCGCCACGCCUCCUGCUGAUCAGCCCUCCGCCGAUACUCCGCCGCCGCCGAAUGCUGCUUCCAGAGUCGCCAUGGGAGGCGCCGCACUCGCUGGCGUUGUCCUCGUUGCUGCCUUGAUGUAGUGCCACGUGGCGUGUGGGCUUAACUGAGUUAUAUAUAUAUAUAGAUCUGUACUUCUAUGGACGGACCAGAUUUAUUUCGUACUCUGUUGGGUUGAGUAGUGGAGUAACUUUUUUUUUCCUUUUGGGCCUUUUUCUUUAAUGUAUUUUGCUUUCACUUAUUGUGGCUAUAUUUUCUCAUUGUUGUUCAUUUGAUUCUACAUUGGGUUUGACCUCUGUAUAUGAAAUAAUUGAAUAAAUUUUGUUAUUCUUUUCCAUUUUCUA